CUGCUGUAUACUCCUCUCUCUUACACACUUACUUCCAACUACUCUUAAGCAUCGCUGCAAACUUCCUUCGAGAUGGAAACUAUCUGCGAGUUGUCCGGCAAUUCCGAUAUGUACGGUCUUGGAAUUCGAAUCGGAUCUUACCUUCAAUGGCUAUCUUUGCUUAUAGCCGCCCAUUACGUCCCGAGCGAACUACCGGGUCUGCGGACGUCAAAUGCCUUCUUCACAUCAGCAACUUUCAUCGGUCUUGUCGUUGAGACUGCUCUCCAGGACAUCGAAAUUACCGAGAUAUACAUCACUAUGUUAUUGGUGUUUGGCUCUCAAUACAUUUGGCUGACCGCAAUGCUCUGGCGCGUGUUUACCCCUUCCGAACCCGAAUCAUCGAAAUCAAGCUUGAUGCACUGGUUUUCCUUCGGGCUCGUCCAAGUUGCCCAGAUCGGCUUCCAAUUGUGGUUCUGGAUAUUCAAAGUUGCAAAAUUUGCAAGAAGAGAAAAUACAUGCCAGCGAUUCGGGUUCGGCUUUUACAAAUUCGGAUUGACCAGUGAUGGCUUCCGCAUCUUCAACAUCCUCCUGAAGGCGGCUUUGCUAGUCCUGACAGUUGUCUUGUUCGCUUUGUAUGCCCGACACCUUUCGAAAGCUAAAUCGAAGAAGGAAGAAAACCGAGAUCAUACCCCAAAGCAGUGGAAGAAGGAUUUCUUUAUGGCGUUUCAAAUCGCAUCAAUCACCAUUGUGAUUCUUGCAAUUGAGUUGACUAUAUCGUGGAACAGAAUUCAGGACGUGGACUGUGCUAAAACCAUCGGCCAGUUUAUUCCACUAGCGAUUAGCGUCGCUGGCGUUAUACAGCUUCUUCUACAGUUUCUUCCUGCGGAAUACAGAGCAAACAGGUGUCUCGAAGUAGAUCGGGCAUUGCAACAGGGAGCAAACAUCUAUGCUAAGCUUGUUACAAGUAUAGUUCGCAGACCAACACAGGACGACGAUGAGGUGCAGAGUACGGCCGAACAAGCGAGUGAGAAAGGACCACAGGUUACUAUCAUAUCCUCGACUGAAGACGUGUAACAGUUUUCAUCGUAAGGAGGGAUAUCAGAUAGUUUAGAAGUAGAAUUACCAUCGCAAGAAGUGGUGUUAUCAUAGUGUGCCCGUCUGGUGUCAUUGUCUUGGAAGGUCUCUGUCGGGAAAGUCUGCGCAUUAUAUGCCACACGUCCUUCAUGUCAUUGAUGAGAUAUAGCAGGCUUGCAGUGUACCGUGGGUAGAUUGAGACACGAUCAGAGGUAAGUGAGACAAGAAAAUGUUG